AUCGAAAAAAGCGAUAGAACGCACGCGACGGUGGUUAACAACACGUUUUAACUGUGCAUAAUGAAUAGUGAUUGGAACUUCUUUAAAAAUGGAUUCAAGAGAGGCAAGAUGUCGCUCCUCGAGGGUCCACAUCCUCUGUACCCAUGCUCCGAGGAAGAUAUGCAGGAGAUCAGAGCAGAACUGGGAUUAAAAGAGAGUACCUUACAGGAAGACAUAGACGCUAUCUUAGACUGGUUCCAGAAGCAACCACAUUUGGUCGAAGCUGGAAUUGAACGAGAAAUGGUGGAAAGAAUGCUGGUCAUUUCGAAAGGGUCUAUGGAAAAGACGAAGCGCAGGAUCGACAACUACUACAAGUACCGAGGGUUGACGCCAGAGGUGAUCCAGAAUAGGGACAAGGUCCUAUCAGGGUCCAAUGACUUGUGGACCUCUUACAUGCAAAUGUCCAUACCGAAGCUUUACAAAGGCAAAAGGUUAACACUGGUAAAAUUCUUCGACAACGAACUGAAUAAUUUUUCAGCUGAAGUUAUAUUCAGAAACACGUUUAUGUUGGCAGACAUAAGAUUAAAAUAUGACUACUUCCUAAGCGACAUAUGGAUUGUGGAUAUGAAAAAUACUGGCUUCAGUCAUCUAUUGAGACUAAAUCCUAUUGUUAUGCAAAAGACAGCGCAAAUGUUCCAAGAGGGACUAGGCGUCCGAGUCCACGCUAUUCACAUUAUAAAUGCUAUACCAGCUCUAUCCCAUGUUGUGAGUUUCUUGAAGCAAUUCUUCAGCCCAAAGAUCAUGGACCGUCUCAUCAUCCACGAUUCCUUGGAAGACCUUUACCAGCACAUACCUAAGAAGUACCUACCCGAAGAUUAUGGUGGUUUAGAACCUUCCACAUCAGUGUUCAAAGAUAAAUAUGAAAAAGAAUUGCGCAAUACAAAAACAAAACAAUAUCUAAUAGAAGCCAGCAAGAUGGUGUCGAACGAAAACCUAAGGCCCGGUAGCAACAUUAAUGAGGAAUAUUUGGCUGGAUCAUUUCGAAAGCUUGACUUCGAUUAAUUUAUUAUAUAGAUGUAAGGGUUGAAGUGCAUUGUAUUUAUUUAUUGACUCUUUUUGAUAUUGAUCCUAUUGUAUAUACCAUAAAGUUCUUUUUACAGUAUCUAACUCAUCUUUUUAGCAAAAACAAAGCUAUUUAAUUAUUUGCUUAUUUAUUAUUUAAUAUUUUAUAUCCGCCCGUAUAGCGACCACCGUACACAAGGUGUUAAAACCAGCCAUAGUGGCUCAUGAAAGUGUGUCGCGUUCCGCGAUCAGCCUGUGUAUAUCCGGUUCCAACAGGCCGCUGUAAUUGUGUCGACUGUCGAGGGGUAAUCAUCUCUCGUUAAUUGACAUUCUAUUGGAGCUCACUCCACUUACCAUCAGGUACAGUGGGGUCACUUUGUCGCACACGUAUAAAAAAUGUAUUGCAGAAAUAGUCACAUCAGAUGAAUAAUAUCUGUAUUAUUUCUUGAUAUGCAGACAUACGAAAUAUCCUUUUUAUAAUUUUUUUUAUAUUCUUCGGAUCUUGAAUAUGACUUUUUGCAAUGAUAUAUAUUUUAAAAUGUUGACGAAAUUGUAUCUCUAACUUUAAGAACUCUCUUGGUUUAUACAAACAUAUAUUAAGUAGUUAAAAUUUUCUUGUGUAUAUUUAUAAUAUUUUUUUUUAUUUGACGUCAAUAGAGAAAUGUUAUUAUUUAGUUUUGUAAUAUAAUUUGGUUAUAAAUGAAAUUGGACUUUGUAGCUUACUGAUCUAGGUUUAGAAUAGUUUGAGAAGUUAGAUAUUAUGUUAUGGAUAUCAGAACAUAUUUUUAGGAGGAACGCAUUUUUGUCUAAAUAAGUUGUAUUGUAAUAGGUUACCAUUAAAUAAAUGAAUUUAAAGAUU